AUGCCAAGGCGAAGACCCCCGGGCAACUCAAAACCCGUACAGCGUCGCACACGCUCAGGAUGCCAAACAUGUCGCGCUCGCAAGGUUAAAUGCGACGAGUCCAAACCCUCUUGUCGAAAUUGCAUCACAAGAGGCGUAGAGUGCAACAAUUCCAUUCAAUUAAAAUGGGAGUCUGAGUUCACAGCACGCGGGGUGUCGUUUGGUAGAGAAGGUGUUUGGGCAAAGGAAGAUAGACCAAGGCAGCGAAACCCUGUGGCCCAUUCACCUGCACUUUUGGUUCUACCUUCGAUUGAGCCGAGACACUUUAUUAAUACUUACCAUAGCGACUUUGUGAGAGAUCCAAAUCUGGAAAAGAGUCUUGUUAGAGAGGCUAUGCAGCUUAGGGAGGAGACUGAAUAUGGUGUAUCGACUGCUCUUACUUGUCGAUCUCGAUCAGCAUCGCCGAGUCUAAUACCAUCUAUUUCUUCUUUUCCUACUCUGAACACUCCCGAACGCAGCCUUUUUGAAUACUAUCUUCUUCGACUAUGUCCUCUUACAACACCAUCUUCACAGCUCUCUUCACCAUUUUCGAAUUUGGUUGCGCCUCUAUUCACUCACGCCGGUCAAGAUCUUCUCGUCCAGUCCGUCCUAGCAUUUGCAGCUCGCCAUAGGAGUAUCAAAGAUCCAUCAUGGGCACGUUCAGCCAUGAAGAUGAAAGGGAGCGCGCUCACAGGCCUUCUCAAAAAGAUUCGAUCUCCUGAUGUCACUGCAGACGUCAUUCUCGACCCACAAGUUCCAGCAAUCAUGAUGUUUCUGUGUCUCUAUGAAAUUAUUGACAAUGGGGAUUAUCGGUGGGUGUUUCAUCUCCGAGCGAGCCAGGACUUUAUGAGGAAACGGCGGCAACUUGCGCUUCCUUCUAGCGUUAAUACCGGGUUUGGAAGUCUUGCUGCGUUUGCGGAGCGGUAUUUCGCGUUCCAGGACGUCAUUAGCAGGACGGCUUGUGGAAACUCCCCGAUAUUUGGGCUGGAGUAUUGGCAAAGACCUGACCACACAGAGGAUAUCGAUGCCUGGAUGGGAUGCAGUCCUGCGAUGGCCUCUGUUAUCUUCAAGAUUACCGAACUUGCCCGAACGAGGAACAAAGAUCAUAUGACCGAGAAGGACUACCAACUUGAAGUUGAAGAUCUUGACAGGGAACUUGCUUUGGUCAGCUCCAACAUCACUGCCGUCGAAGCCAUGGAUGAGAAUGUUCGACGAAGCGUUGAUCUAAAGAAGACUUCAGUGCAACUCUAUUUCCACUGUCUUCUCAGAGAUGCAGACCCAUCAACACCGCAAGUCGCAUACCUUGUGACAAAGGUCCUCCAGUCCAUCCAUAGCCUUAUUCAACAGGGCAGCGCAGCAGGACUACUGUUCCCGUUAUUCGUUGCGGCCGUAGAGCUGGAUCCGCUGAAGGAUGACGAGAUAUUCUUGCACGAAAGUCUGAGAACAUAUUUAUCUGGAAGACAGAUGGUUUUGGAGAUUCUCGAUGCAAUGGUUGAUUCGUCGUUGGCAAAUAUUGAGCGGACAAAGGCUGUUAUCCUCAAGGUCUGGAGGAUGAGAGAUUUGCAUACUCAACGGGAGUCUCCUCUUGUGGGAAUGGGGGAUGCUAAUGAUUGGAAUAAUUUUGUGAGUCCGUUUACUCAAAAUUUGAACUUGGCUUAA